AUGAACAACAGAAAUAGUUUUUAUUCUAACCAUUCUUUAAAACUUAGACCUCAACAAUUACAUCGUUUGAAAGAAUUGUUAUUCCCUAAAAAAAUUAAUGAAAAUGUUCCUUUGUAAAUAAAUUAAAAUGAAAUGAGAAUAGAAAUUAAAUUGCUAAGUAAAGAAUUGGCAAAGAUAUUAGAAUCUAGUUAAGAAAUUAUUGAAGAAGAAUUGAAGUAAAUCGUGGUUAGAAAAAGUAUAACUUUUGAGGAGUUCAAAAACUUUUAAGAAGAAUUUAUAGCUCAAUUGUAUAAUAACCCAAGCCAUCCACUAGAUAUGCAAGUAUCUCAAUUGAAUGAAAUAAGAAAAGAUUUUGAAGAAGCUGCUUUAAGAGCAAAAGAUAAAAAUUCUUCAAAUGAAGGAAUUCCUAUUGAUGGAUUUAGUCAGAUUUUAGCUAGAAAAAUGAAUUUAGAUCCAAGCAGAAUUCAAAAAUUUUUAUAGAAGUCAGCUUUCUUUAACUAGAUUACAUGGAACGAGUUUUAAUCAAUGUUGGAUAAAGAAAGUAGAAUCAGAGAGGAGCUCUUAGAUUGGUUUAUGCAUAAAGAAUCUCCUGAUAGUUUACAUGACUAAAACGAGUACAGUUUAGUAGAAAAGAAUGAAUACGAUUUAAAACCUAAAGAAAGAACUUCAGAAAGAAUAUUUUUAAUUGAAUAUUUUGUUGAAAUGAAAGUUGAUAAAAGAAAUUACUUUUUAGUCAUAUUUGAUGAGUGUACAAUAGCAAUUUACAAUGGAGAUAAUUUUUAGAGUGCCUUAGAAUUUGUUAUUCCGUAGGCAACUUUAAAGGAAAUUGAUAAAUAAAUGUAGGAAGAUGUUAAAGAUUAUGAGAAAUAGCAAAAAGAAUUCAACUAUAAAAUGAAAGGCCAAAGCAAUUUUAACAAUAGGAAUUUGUAGACUGAUAAUUAAGCAACAAGAUUAACAGGUAGGGAUCAUCACAGUAAUUUCAACAACUCUUACUAUAAUAUACCAGUAAGCUAAGCUAAAAGCACAAAAUAUUAACAUUCAGAUUUUAUGUAAACUUAAGAUGAUCACAAAGUAAUAAAAACAAAUCAUUCUGAAAGUUCAAAUUAAAAUUAUAGGUUGAACUCUUAAAAAGCCUAAAAAAGAGCCUCUUCAUCGAAUAGAAAUAACAAAUAAAUCAUAUCUAAAAUGUAUGCUCAUAAUAAUAUUAAUUCAACAGUAAUUUAAGAAGAUUCAAGAUCAAAUUUAAAUUGGUCUUUUUUAGACAAACAAAAUUGCACAAAUAAAAAUACGAGUUUAAAUGAGUCGAUUUACUUGACUACGAACAAAAAGUAAUAGAUAAAAUAAAAUAAUAAAUUAAGAAAUGCAACUAGCUUUCAAAUUACUAAGUAAGAUAGAAGCAAGUCUAUGAAUUAAUCAAUUUUUACUAUGAACUCUUCCUUGAUUGGGAAUAAAUAUGAAGGAGAAAAAAGGAACUUUUAAAAUUAAAGUAGCUUUAUGUAUGACUCUAGGAACGAUUAGUCAUAUAUGUAUUCCACCAAUUAUAAUUCACUACUUAAAGGAGAAUUUAAAAGAACCUCAAGUGGAAUCUAGCAAUAGCAUAGAAGAAUUAAUUAAUCAUCUAACAAUAGAAUACAUGACAGUACCCUUAGUAUACAUUCUACAUCAAACAAUCCAAAAGCUAAAAUAUUCAAAGACUCAAAUAUUUUGCAAGGUGGAUACUUGCAAAGUACUUCUAAUGAUAAAUAUAAGAGAGAAGAUAGGAGAGAAGGAUCAAUCAAUAAGAAUAACUUAUUCCUUGAUGAAAACCUUUACUAAAUGGAAGAAGACCCAGAUUUUCAUUUGAUAAUUAAGAUCUAUCUGACUUCUGACAUAAAAGAUGAAGAUGAUAAAAAAAGACCUUUAAGCAUAGAAUAAUUUUAUGAAGUAUAUAAAAAAGAUCCAUAUAAAUACCAAUACAUUAAUGGUUAAAUUCUAACUCCGAAAUCAGAAAUUAACUCAAAAACUAUGUCAAAAGAAUAAGAAGAAUACAUUAGUAAAGACAAUGAAACAAAAGAAAUUAUCAGAAAAUUAUGGAAAAAAUUUCACUAAUUACCUAGAGAAUUUUCAUUGGGAUAUGCUAAAGCUGUGAAUGAAAUUAUUUAAGAAAAAAAUGUUAAAUAUAUUAAUUUGGAAAAUUUAAAAAUGUUCUUCAAGAAAACCUUUUAAGUCAAUACUUCUGUUCCUAGCUCUAAUAAAAAUUAAUAUGCUUAUUUAAGUAAAACUCCUUUAAAUUAAAAGAAAAGGGUUAAUUCUAACUGGAGAUCAGAAUAAGGAAGAAAAUAUUUGCAAGAUAUUAAAGACAUAGAUUCACAUAUCAAUAUCAAUCCCUGGGACAGUGAGUACAGGAAGAAACCUGAGCAUUAGAUGCCAGUUUUUCUAAAAGAAAUUUAAUAAUAAGUAGACUAAAAAAUAGUAGAGAAGUAAAUUGAAAAAAUGAAAAAUGGAAACAAAAGAUAAAACUAUCAAACUGAAUAUUAAGAUGAGGUUGGAAACUAAGAAUAUAAUUAAGAAGGUAACGUUUCAAGUGAACAGACAAUGAAAAACAGAAGCAACAGGUUGAAAACAUUUUCAAUCGAGUUUCUUUCUGAUUUAAGCCUUUUAGCUAUGGGCACAAUUAAUAGACAGCUACAAAUGUACUUUGCUUACCAUGAAAAGAAUGUUAUCUAAAUGAAAAAAGUCUUUUCACAUUAGUUCAAGGAUUGUAUAAUAUGUAUUUAGUUUAGAUUAAAUGUUGUCACUAAAAGAUGGAAUGUUGCUUUACUCUUUGAAAACAAUAUCUUCGAAGUUUAUGAGUUCUCAUUCAAUGUGAGAGAAUAAAAAAUUACUCCGUUUUAAAAGUAUUUUUACAAGCAUGAGUUUAAAAUAGAAAUAAACAAAAUGUCUAUGUUUAGCGAAUUUGGAUUUGUAUUGACAUCAUAUAACGGAGAAUUUUUUAUCUUCUCUGAUCACUUGACAACUAAAAACUCUUCAGAUGAAGUGAAAAGUUUACCUUAAUAUUACAUUGAUUAAGAAAAUAAAUUAUAAGAGAAUGGUAUAGCGUUGAGUAUUACUGCUAUGGCAUGCUGUGAGCCUUAUUAAGUUAUAAUAUUUGGAACAUCUAAGGGAAAAAUAGCUUUUUAUGAAAUUAAGACAAGAGAAUUUUUGGGUAUUAACCAAGCAGGUGAUGAUAUUAUACUGAAUUUACACGUUUAUAAACCAUAAAAUUAAGUUAUUUCAAUAUGUAAGAGUACUCAUAUAACUGUAUGGGAUGUAGCUAAAAGAACUUAAAUAUAAAAUUUAAGAGGUAUUGAUGAUAGAUUAGAUAUAGGAAAUGCUAAAAUUACAGCUUCUCAUUUCACAUAUGAGUAUAAUUAGCUAUUCGUAAUGGCUGAUACACUAAAAGUUUGGGAAAUGUAAGUUAAUAAAAAUAUUUUAUUUAAAGAGAGAAAGAUGCAGCAACUAUACGAAUGGAGAAAGAAAGAUAUUGAAAAGCAAGAUAAUUAUUUAAAGCUUGAAGGAGGGAAAGCUAGUCAAGUAUAAACACCAGAAAAGAAAAAGCUACUUGUUUUAAAAAAAACAUCUUCCAUUAAGAAGCAAUUCGAUUUUAAAAAUUAACCUCUUUACAUACAAAAAGAUGUAGUUUUAAUCAAAUAAUCAAUCAUAACAAAAGGAGUAUUAAUUACCUGGGAUUCAGAUAAUGAAAUUAAAAUUAUGUGCACUAAAAAAUACAAACUUAAAUAUUCUUUUAUGCUAUCAGCACCUGAAGAUGACAAGAUUAUGUAUCUUGAUAUCUUAGAUGAUAAAAUUUUGGCAAUGUGUACUGAAAAAGGUGAUAUUUACAUUAAAAACUUAUACACAGAAGAUCUUUGCUAGAAAAUCAGCGAAUACGAAGGAUAUCCCUUGAAAUUAAACAUGUUAAUUUUCCUCCCAUAAGAUUGUUAAAUGUUUUUAGCAACUUCUUCAUUAGAGGGGAAGGUCAUGUUUUUUAAUUCAUACUUAAAAAAGAAGACAUCAACAAAAUAUAUUACAAUAAAUGCACACAAUAAAGAUGUAAUUACAAUGGUGACAAACAAUAACACUACUAUGGUAAGUGCAGGUGUUGAUAAUAUGAUUAAUAUUUAUUCUUUAAGGUCUUGCAGCAGUAUAUAAAAAGUAGAUUUCACUGCAUUAGCAAGUUAACAAUAUAUUUAUUAGCUUUGCAUGUCUAAAGAAAAGAAUAAGGAAAGAGAAAAAAAUUUAGUAUUAGUUAUUCUAGAAAGAGGAUAAGUAUAUGAAUUAAAUUGUAAUGAUUUUACGGCUGUUUCAACUUUAAAAACCUCUGUUGGAAUGCAACCAAGAUGCGAAUUAGAUAGUUAAAAUAGACAAUUAAUAGUUGUAGACGAUGAUUUAAACUUAAAAAUCUACGAAAAGCAAACAAUUGAAUAACUUUUAUCAAAACAUUUAUCAAUUAACUUUAGUUAGAGUCCUACUAGAUUUACUCCUGGGGAUUAUCAUAAUAUUCCAGCUCUAUUUAAUAAAAAUAAUAAAAAUUACAGUAAACCAUUUUUAUAAGAGAAUGAAAAAUGGAAUAAUUAACCAUCACUCGUAUACAGCCUGAAAUCAUUUCCAUUAUUUGCUAAAUGUAAAGAUCCAGAGCUAUAAUGUAUUAAAAUACUUUUUGAUGAAAGUUCUUAGUAGUAUUUCAUAUUCUUAAAUUAAAUAGCUGCUAUUUUAAUCAGUGCUAUAAAUAAAGAUUACAAGCUAAGAUACUAUUUCUACUCCUCUGGAGAACUAAGCGAGUACUAAAGAAUUACUAAAAAUGAGGAGUCCAAUUAAAAUAUAGAUUCCUAAUCAAAUAGUAACUAUUCUAUGAAUCUCAUUUGA